AUGAGAUCGCGCCGCGGCUCGCGGCGCGAUGCGAAUAAAGGCGGAGUGGUGCCGAUCCGCGCGCUCGACGCAGCACAGCCGUUCGAUUACGAGCAUCGACAGCCCCGUGCUCCUUUUUCUCUCCCGUUCUUUUCCCCCUCUCGUCUCGUUAUCGCGUUCUCCACUCCCCCAACCUCCCCCCACCAAAUAUUUUUUGGUCAUCUUGUCUUCCUCCCCUCUGGUCUCUCCGCCAAUCAGAAGCGGCAGCUGGAAGAGAAAGGCAGGCUGAACAUCGGCAUUUUGGGGUUCGGCAAUUUCGGGCAGUUCUUGGCGCGUCGCUUCGCGCGCCACGGGCACCGCCUGACAGCGUGGUCGCGGUCCGACUACUCGCAGGUCGCCAAGCAAAUGGGCGUGCGCUUCUUCACCGACAUGGACGAUUUCUGUGAGGAGCACCCCGACGUGGUGCUGCUCUGCACGUCCAUCAUCUCAAGCGACUCGCUGCUGCGCUCGCUGCCGCUGCAGCGCCUCAAGCGCAACACGCUCUUUGUGGACGUGCUGUCCGUCAAGGUCUUCCCCAAGAUGCUGCUGCUGCAGGUGCUCCCCCCCGAGUUUGACAUUCUCUGCACGCACCCCAUGUUCGGCCCGGAGAGCGGCAAGGGCUCGUGGGAGGGGCUGUCGUUUGUGUUUGACCGCGUGAGGAUCACACCAGGCGAGAGGGCGGAGAAGGCCGACCGUUUCCUGCAGAUCUUCCAUGGGGAGGGGUGUCGCAUGGUGGAGAUGACAUGUGAGGAGCAUGACAAGUAUGCAGCAGGCACACAGUUCGUCACCCACACUGUGGGCAGAGUGUUGGGCAAGCUAGGCCUGGAGAGCACACCCAUCAACACCAAGGGAUACGAGACGCUUCUUAACCUGGUGGAGAACACGGCAGGGGACAGCUUCGACCUUUACUACGGGCUUUUCAUGUACAACACCAAUGCCACUGAGGAGCUGCAACGGCUGGAGAUGGCAUUUGAUGCAUUGAAGAAGCAGCUGCUAGAUCAGCUGCACGACGUGCUCCGACUGCAGCUCUUCGGCAUGCCCCCUUCCGCCACCGCCCUCCCUUCCUCCUCCCCUCCCUCCUCCUCUCGCUCCUCUCUCCCCUCCUCGCCCUCCUCACUCACCUCCCCAGAGCGCCCCAACCCCUGGCUGCAGCACGAGCUGGAGCUGCUGCUAGAAGGCAAUCACGCAUGGGCGGUCCCCUCCAUCCCCGCCCUUGCCCCUUACACCGCGACUACCCCACCCAUCACCACCCCCCAGGAGCGGCCCAACCCCUGGCUGCAGCACGGGCUGGAGCCGCUGCUGGAAGGCACCAAGGGCGGGCUCUCACGCAUGGCCGCCCAUCUCCCCGCCCACGCCUCUCAAUCCACGCUCGCCCAUCCUUCCCCAUGUCACCUCUCAGGAGCGGCAACCCCUGGCUGCAUCACGGGCUGGAGCUGCUGCGGGAAAGCCCGCACGCAUGAGCGCCCCAACCCCUGGCUGCACCACGGGCUGGAGCUGCUGCUGGAGGGCACCAAGGGCGGGCUCAAGCGCCUCAGCCUUCAGUUCGAGUGGCAGGUGCCCUUUACAGACCGGCUGCUGGGAGCGGUGGGGCGGCUGUGCCCCGCUUUGGAGGAGUUCACGUUGGUAGCUGCUGAUUACCUCGUCACUGAGACUGCUGUGGCGGCCUUCUUACGGGCCUGCACCCGCGUGCACACCUUUCACUGCUACGUGUGCUCUGCCAUUCCCAUCCACAGCCUGGGAGACAAUUUGCUGUGGCAGGUGAACCGCAAGUGGCCGCACCUCCAAUCCCUGGCCAUCAACGGUAACCACAUCACAGAGAAUGGUGUCUUUGCCCUCGCCUCCUGCGCCCAUCUGCACUCUCUGUCCCUGCAUGGCUACCACAGGGGCAUUUUCGAGCGAGCCAAAACAACAGCAGACGGAGAAGCAGUCCUCUUCCCGGCCCUCUCCUCCUUUUCCUUCUCCUACAACCUCCCCACACCCGCUGAGCUCCGCCGAAUCCUUCGCAUGUGUCCCUUGCUCUCCUCACUUGUUCUCCACCCUUCUCCUCCUCCCCCUGAGGCCACACCUGGUAGCCCCAGCAGCGGGCUUGUGAGCGGUAGUAGAGGCAUGCAUGAAGCUGUGACUCUGAAGGGGGUGGUUGAGCAAGAGUGUAAGGGGGCUGUGAGUGUGACUAUAGAGGAAGCGCCUGCUAAGAAGACUAGUUAUGACUUGACCGCUGUGGCGCAUGGCUUGGGGAUCAAGGAUUUGACCAAGUAUUAA